CGCAACACAAGCAAACAGCUGUUCGGCAACUUUUCAACAAGAACAUUUUAAAAUAAACAACAUAAUAAAAAGACAAUAACAAUGUGCGACGUUUAAAAUAUUGCACAAAAGUGAACGAAACGAUAUACGCGCACAAUGGAUCCUAUAAUAUUCUUCAUUGUGCUGACAUCCCUAUAUGGCGUCAUGUACUUUUUCGAUCGCUUCUUCAAGAGCUGCAUGCACUAUCCAUACGAUGCCUUUUUACGCAACACCGGACUAAGCGUUAACUUUAUGACCCUCCAUUGGCAUUCAAAUGCCAGCGCCUUCAAUCGCAUGCUCAUUCGCUGGGGCGCAACCGCCGGCAACAGCUGCACGCGCAGUUUUCUCGUCAAAAGCUUCAACAUAGGCGUGCUGCUCUCCUUUCUGCUGCUGCCCAUUGGGAUUAUAUUGCUGAUCAUUACCAUAUUUAAUGGCAGCGAGACGGGUACGUCCGGUGGUGCAGCUGCGGCUGCUACAGCUAGCGUGCAGCUGGAGAUAUUGCUGCCGGGCGUUAAUCUGCCGCUGCAGGAGAUUGGCUAUUAUAUAGCCACCUUGGUGAUGUGCACUCUGCUGCAUGAGCUGGGCCAUGCGCUAGCUGCUGUGCUGGAGGAUGUGCCCGUGACCGGCUUCGGUUUCAAGCUCUACUUCUGCCUGCCCCUGGCCUACACGGAGCUGUCGCACGAUCAUCUCAAUGGCUUGCGCUGGAUUCGCAAGCUGCGCAUACUCUGCGCCGGCAUUUGGAACAAUUUUGUGCUCGCCUGCAUUUGCUAUAUGCUCAUCUCAACGCUGGACAUAACCAUGUCACCCUUUUAUGCAUGCAACGAACAUGUAAUCGUUACCGAGCUGAUGGCAAAGUCGCCGUUGCGCGGCGAGCGUGGCCUACAGCCGGAGAAUGUGAUCACCCAGCUGAACGACUGUCCCAUCAGCAGCGAGGAUAGCUGGCUGAGCUGCCUGCAGCAGGCGCAGCAGCUGCGCCUGGGCUACUGCAUCAGCUCGGAUUUUAUACGGCUCAACGACGAAAGCAUCGACAUUGGCCAUCACAAUGCCGAUGGCCGGCUGCAGUGCUGCGACGAGCGCAAUCCCAAUGUCAGCUGUUUCGAGUACAUUGAGGAUGUCAGCUUGGAUGCGCCUGCAGAGAUACCGCAGCACGUUUGCCUGCCCAUGCGACGCACGCUGGAGGAUUCGAGCGGCUAUUGCAAGGCGGGCACAUGUACCGAAGGCUAUUGCCUGCGUCCCAUGCUGCCCAACACAACGAGCAUUUUGAUCUUUAAGCGUCAGACUAGGGAGCGACAGCCACUGGCGCCAGUCAUGUAUGUGGGCCAGACGCGGGACGUGCUGCGCACGGUGCGUGUGUCGGGCUUUGUGCCGCGCUACAAACACAUUAGCUCCGCCUGGCCGGAUGCCCUGUCGCUGCUACUCCGAUACAAUGUGGUGUUUAGCAUUGGCCUGGCGCUGAUCAAUGCCAUACCUUGCUUUGGCUUUGAUGGCGCACACAUCACCAGCACUGUGAUACACAGCUUUCUGGUGGGACGCGUUGAGGAGCAUGCGAAACGGGAUCUCAUCUCGUUGAUCAUCACCAGCGUUGGCUCGCUGCUCUUUGGCCUGGCACUGCUGAAGGUCGCCUGGCUGAGUUUACUGCGCCCGCUGCUUUGAGCUCGUCCAUCCUCUA